AUGUCUACCUCUGUAAACAACAACACCCAACAAUUCGUAACUGUCUUUGUUCCAGUCCAAAUCCCAGUAAGCCUCGCCAACCAAUUUAAUUUGACCGAAAAUCAGGUCGUUCCAGCCUCUGCCAUCAACACUUUCUUUGAGUCUGAUGACAACCUCUGUUUUGAAUCCCAGGUUGACACUGUCAUGCAGUGUGAAACUUGUGAUACAAACACCACUGCAACUGCCACCACUUCAGGUGCCACUGACAUGGUGGUCACUACUGAAUGUUUUGUACGCAAUCCAAUGGAAAGUAGUACUACAAGUUUUGAAAUGCAGUCAAGUAGUCACCACUCUUGUACAAUGGUGGAACAAGAAGAAGAAGAGAUUCCGGAACAAGAAGUUUUCCAAGAACACAACACGACAGAAACGACUACCACAGGUGAAACAUUUAACUCCUUUAAGAGUAGUGUUUUUGGUAACUCCCGUACAAUCGAGUCUGUCCGUCUUUGCUCCCCAUCACUCGAUGCCCGUGGAGGAGCUGCUGGAGAUGCCGCUAGUGCCGCUCGAGCUUGUGCCAACACCAACAACAACAACAAUAAUGUCGUCAACCGCUUUGUUGUCGAGAACAACCAACAAUUUGAGGAGCAUCAUUCCUCAAGUGGCUCUCACUCCUCUUCGUCCUCGUCCUCUUGUCUUAGAUCAGAUCAAGAUUGUUUUGAUAGGGACAGAGUCAUUGAUCGCUCCAUUAUUAUUGGCUGCUCUACAAUCCCAAACCCAUGUGUCCCUUGUCUCAAUAGCCCAGCAGCAACAAUCUCAACAGCAGCAGUCAACAACUCAGUUUUGCAUGACUGCAGCAACAACAACAACAACAAGAACAGCAACAACAAUCUCUCAAGAAGCAAUUUAAGAAGAAUCAAUUUAAACAAGACAACAAAUGGAAUAAUAUUGGCAAACGCACCAAUUGGCACAACGACAACUCAAACUUCAACUCCAACAACCAAUUUAACUUCAACACAUUGCUCAUGGUCUAAGGGUAGAUCUUUGAUGCGUCAAAGGUCUAAUUCUACGGGUUCGAUAACCGACUCCCGUAGAGUACAAGAAAUGCCUCAACCAUGGACUGAUUCUUCGCUUCGCAGGUCAGUCUCCCACCAACAAAAGCAAUUAUUAAAGUCAUCGGGUGUCGGUCCAACCUGGUGUGUCUACGGUAACUCUUUGAACGAGGAAUUCUUCCGCAACUGUUUGUUCGACGAGCAAUGCGGUGACAUCAUAGUAGACCAUUUCGAGCCAAUCGUUCAGGACCCAGCUUUGUUCCACUUGUCCGCAGGUGGUCGUCGUAUCUUGGACACACCAAAUGCCGGAGGUAACUCUGUCUGGUCUGAGGUACUCUCCUACGAAGUUCUCCACGAGUGUUUCGGUGCUCAGUUGAAAAAGACAGAGACCGAGAUUGAGUAUGCUCCAGGCUCAAAGAUAACCGAUUAUUCCGUGGACUUUAAUGGACACCACAUCGGUGUAUCGGUUGUGAGAAUCAUAAAUUUCUUUGACUUGAUGGGAAAGAAGUACAAGGCUGUCUUUACACCAGAGUACGCCAAGCAAUUGCUCUACAAGAAGUUGUUUGGUGUAUUGGCUUCCACCGAGGCCGUAUACGACAAGUGGGAGAAGCAAAUUCUCUACAUUUGGACAACUUCAUCCCAUGCCGCCGACAUAAUUGUCGAGGAGUACUGGAAGGUACCAAAGAAGUUACGUUCCAAUACUUUAGUUUAUGUAACUCAUGCAACAAAUUCAGAAUUUAUGGGUAUUCCACAACAAAACAUGAAUGAAGGAGGUGGUGGAACUGUAAUAUUGGAUCAACCAACAUCGAUCUCAAUUGAGUUCAGUGUUGCCACCACAGCACCAGAUCAAGAAGAUGCAGUCACCCCUCUACCAAGAAUGAAGUUAUUUGCCAUCUUUAUCAUUAUUUUAUGUGAUGGUCUCACAACUUAUUCUAUUUUCCCAUAUAUCAAUUUCAUGGUUAAAGAUUACAAUUUAACUGAUGACGAAGAAAAGUUAGGUUAUUUUGUUGGUAUCCUAGCUUCUACUUUUUAUAUUUCACAAUUCUUUUCCAGUUUCUUUUGGGGAUGGUUUUCCAAUAUUAAAGGAAGAAGACCAGCGUUGUUACUUGGUAUCAUUGGUGCAAUGGUUACAAGUAUUCUAUUUGGUCUCUCCAAAUACUAUUAUUUUGCUAUUAUUUUCCGUUUCGUUUCCGGAUUGCUCAAUGGAAAUGUUGGAGUUUCAAAGACAAUGCUCGGAGAAAUUACUGAUUCGACCAACCAGAAAACUGGUUUCACAAUCCUAGGCAUUGCCUGGGGUAUUGGUGCAAUUGUUGCACCAUUAAUUGGAGGUUUAUUCUCAAAUGUUUGUAUAAACUAUCCAAACAUAGUUCACAGUGGAAUUCUUUGCGAUUUUCCAUAUCUCUUACCAAAUGUCAUUUGUUUCUUGCUAAACAUGAUUGGUUUGAUUUUAUGUUUUAUAUUCUUGACAGAGACCAAGUCUUUCGAGAUCAAGUACAGCUCCAUCAAGAAAAAGAAAAAGAGAUCUUUCAACACUGGAGCUAUUAUCAACUUGAGAAAUUCGAUUCGUCGACUUUGGAAUCGAAACAAUCAACAAAAGGGAAUUCAACUUCACGACAAUGACAACGAGAUGGAUUCCUCAAAUCAUGCACACGAAGCAAACAUCACUACCAACCGUAGUGCACACGCCAAGACAAUGAAGGUAAAUAGUUCGAUCGGUGAUUUCUCAGAGAUCAUGCGUAACAAAGACGAAGAAGCAGGUGUUGAUAGCAACAGCGAUGAAGACACCACUCAAUUCGAAGACAUCAACAUCGAUGAGGAUUUCGAAGAGAAUCCACGUUCCGUUGCAAUGCUAUUCAGAGACAAGCCAGUGAUGACAUCAUGUAUUGCAUAUGCACUGCUUGGUUUUGUUUAUACCAUUUUCGAGGAGGUUUUCCCAGUGUGGAGUCCAAUUUCCAAGACAAUCGAUUCCGAUGGAAACGUUAUUGGUGGAGGAGGUUUAGGAUUCAAUUCCAAAGAUAUUGGAAUUAUCCAAUCGGCAGCUGGAUUCUUUGCACUUUUCGUACAGUUACUUGUUUUCGCACCGUUGGCCAAACGAUUUGGUUUAAUUAAAUGCUUCAAGGCUGCACUUCUUAUUGCUCUUCCAAGUUGGAUUCUCCUACCGGAGCUGACUCGUCUGGUCAAACAAUACCCAGAUCCAACCGAUCCAACUAAAAUCAUCACCGAACAUCCACCUAUUUUCUGGGUGCUGUUGUUCCCAGCUUACUUGUUCCAAUCGUUUGCCAACGAGGUCGGAUUCAUUGCUGUCAUUGUUAUCGUCAGUAACAGUGCACUUCCCAAAGAUAUGGCUUUGGUAAACUCGAUCUCUCAGUCACUAGUUGCCUUUGGUAGAUCGAUUGGUCCACUUCUAGGUACAUCUGUACUCUCACUUUCGCUAUCCCACUCACUCCCCUAUCCUUUCGACCAACAUUUGAUUUUCGUUAUCAUCUUCCUAUUGACAUGUGUCAUUUUCGCUAUGUCAUUCUCACUCCCACAGACACUCAACCACACAAAACAAAAGAGUAUUCAACUCGAUCAUAUGAAUAGCAAUAGAACAAAGUCAUUAAACCAAUAA